UUGCUUAUAAUUGAAGAUCCUCAUAUUAUGGGGAAAACUUUUGCUAUUAAUUACUUCCCUUAAAAAGAAACUUUUACUUAUUAAUUACUCCCUCUGUUUUUUUUUUUUUUUAUCUUUCUUAUUUGGAAUCUUGACACUAUUCAUGCAUAGAGAGAAUCUUCUCAAAUGUUCUCAAUUUAUAAGAAAAAACAUAGUUAUGUGGGGUCUUGUUUGAUUCGUCUCAAUUAGUACUUUAUUAAUAUACAAUCGUUAUAAUUUUUACUAAUAUAUAAUGAAAGUUAUUUAAGUUUUAAAACGUGCAUUGGAAGACGCACACUGAAAAGUAGGAAUGAUAAAAAAAAACAGAGGGAGUACACCUCAAAAUUCAAAAUAUGUAAAAAUAAAGUAAUUAAAGAUAUUUAGAGUUUUUUUUUUUUUUUUUUUUUUGACAGGAGCUACAUCUAAUCAACUGGGAAGCAGUAGAACAUAAAGAGAAGGAUUGAGCUAAAACAUGAGCUUGGUUUACUUGCUGUCGAGGCACCUUUCAAAUAGAACAAUAGAGCAAAGUAGAAGCUAGGUUGAUAAUGUGCUUAGUAGUCCAUCGGAGAUAGACGUUGGAGGAACUAUGAUAGGAUAGAUCACUUCUUAUGCAGUUUAUCCCUCUAGAUAUAUCUAAUGUAGUAACUAGUUUAUUUAUUCCUAGUAAUCAACUUUCUGACAAAAGGUUUUGGGGUCUCUCCUUUGAUGGAAAUUAUUCUGUUAAGUCAGGUGUUGAGCACUUGAGCUUAUUCAAGGUCUAAACUUGCAAUCGUGUGAGCCUACAGUUUUUCAUUGGAUUUGGAAAUUAAAAGUUCUUCCAAAAAUUAAAUUUUUUAUUUGGAAAAUUUGCUAAAAUGGACUUCCUACAAAGAAAAAGUUGGAAUUAAGCCAUGUUUUUCUUUCUAUGAAAUGUGUAUUUAGUAAUUAUCACUUUGAGGAUUCAUCGCAUCUCUUUUCUAGUUGCCCUUUUGUUAUAGAUGUGUUUGAGGAUCUCAAUAGCCAUAUGAAUUGGAGUGCUCCUCAUGUUAUUGUGAAUGACAUGCCCUUUGUAGAUCAUUUGCUAAAAUUGAAAUCUUGUUUCUCAAUCUCUCAAAUUGAGAUUUUUGCUAUAACUUGGGGUUUAUUUGGUAUAAUCGCAAUGGAGUGAUUUUUCGUCAGGAAAAUUGUGCUCCGAUUAACUUUAGUGUGAUGAUUAGAUCUUAUGUGCAUAAGAUCAUGAUUCAUGAAGCCACAAUUUAUGAAAUUGAUGCUCAAAUUUCUCUUCAGCCUAUUCAGAAGAGUGGUGUUUCUUCUUGUAAGUCUAGGAUUCGAGAUCAGGUUAGUUGGUACCCUCCUCCUUUCGACUAUUGUAAAAUUAAUUUUGAUGGUUCUAAACUUCCAAAUGGUCAAGCCUCUUUUGGUUUUGUUAUUCGUGAUCCACAAGGAAAAGUUUUGUUAUGUGAUGCUGGUGCUUUAGACUCGUCCAUUUCUAUUCUUGUUGCUGAAGCUAAGGGCUUACGAGAAGAUGAAGGUGAAGAUUUGAAACAAUUUGAAGAUGUCCAAAUUCGGCAUGCGUUUCGGGAGGCUAAUGCUGCUGCGGAUUGGAUGGCUCAUCGCGGCCACACGACAACUAACACUACUUAUUGGUUUGAUGCUCCUGAUUUCCCUUUUGCUGUAAUCAUCCGCAAGGAUGCUUUAGGGUGGCCCAAUUCUUGGGAUCCCUCCUAGUUGUUUCUUUCCUUUUAAAAAAAAAUGUUCAAAUAUUUACAUUGGCAAGCGUGAAAAGGUAAAGUGUAACUAUUAAAAAGAAAUAGUAGGAGUAUAAAGCAAAAUCCUAAGAACAACAUAGUUUUGCGAUUGAAAAUAAACAUUAUGAGAUUUCCGUGAAAUAUUAUGUCAUAUGUUUUGUUUAUUUGGAACUUUUCCAAAUAAUAUCAAAUAUUUU